CCGCCCAGCCCCGCGGAGCCGCAGCAGCGCCGUCAAUCAGCGUCGCCCCCGCUCCGUCCUCCCCUCCCGCACGCCUCGGCGCGCUGCAUCGGGCUCGGUGACAGCAGCGAGCUGAGCGCGGCGGGAGACUCCGCUCCCUGCCGGCACCGAGAGUCGGGCGCGGCGGCGGCGGGGCUGGCGGGGCUGCCGAAGCAUGCGGAGCCAUGGGCCAGGGCUGCGGACACUCCAUCCUCUGCCGGAGCCAGCCGUACCAGGCGGCCGCAUCUGACAUCCGCGGGUUCCUGCGGGCGGGGGACGCCGCUCCCGGCCCCGAGGCGCUACAGGAUGCUCUGCUGAGCCUGGGCGCUGCCCUUGAUGCCACCACCCUGCGGGAUGCCCUCCGCCACGCCCUCGUCACUCUGCUGCCUGCUGUGGAGCACGUCUAUAUCUACCUGCUGGAUGGGGAUGCACGGCUGCUCUGCGAUGACCCCCCCCACGAGCUGCCGCCCAACGGGAAGCUCAGGGAUGCUGUGCAGAAGCAGAAGCGGCUGGAAUGUGCGGGGCUGCUCCCUGCUGAGCUCCCUGGCCGGCACCUGGGACCCCUGGCAGCCCCCCUGGCCCCUGGCACACAAGUGCUCAUCAUCCCGCUGGUGGACAAGAACAGUGGGGCCGUGGUCUGUGUCAUCCUGGUGCACUGUGGCCAGCUGAGUGACUCAGACGAGCAGAAUCUGCGGGCGCUGGAGAGACACGCCCUGGUGGCGUUCCGGCGCCUGCAAGCCCUGCAGAAGCUGCAGCCCUGGCCCCAGGUCAGCCUCUCCACCAGCUCUUCCCAGACCUCGCUGGCCAAGCCCGAGAAGGCGCCUGGCAGCAGCUACAGUGACCUGGACUGCAAGAUCCUACAGCUCUGUGGUGAGCUGUAUGACCUGGAUGCCGCCUCGCUGCAGCUCAAAGUCAUCAACUACCUGAAGCAGGAGACCCAGUCUCUGUGCUGCUGCCUCCUGCUCGUCUCUGAGGACAACCACCAGCUCUUCUGCCAGGUGGUGGGAGACCGUGUCCUGGAUGAGGAAAUCAGCUUUUCACUCACCUUUGGACGCCUGGGGCAGGUGGUGGAGGACAAGAAGCCCAUCACCUUGAAGGACAUCAGUGAGGAGGAGCACAAGCAGCUGAGCAGCAUGCUGGGCUGCGAGGUCACCUCCAUGCUCUGUGUCCCUGUCAUCAGCCGGGCCACCUCCCAGGUGGUGGCACUGGCCUGCGCCUUCAACAAACUGAGCGGGGAGAGCUACACAGACACGGAUGAGCACAAGAUCCAGCACUGCUUCUGCUACACCUCCACGGUGCUCACGAGCACCCUGGCCUUCCAGAAGGAGCAGAAGCUCAAGUGUGAGUGCCAGGCCCUGCUGCAGGUGGCCAAGAACCUCUUCACCCACUUGGAUGAUGUCUCUGUCCUGCUGCAGGAGAUCAUUACGGAGGCCCGGAACCUCAGCAAUGCUGAGAUAUGCUCUGUGUUCCUGCUGGACCGGCUCAGCCAUGAGCUGGUGGCCAAGGUGUUCGAUGGUGGAGUGGUGGAUGAUGAGAGCUAUGAGAUCCGCAUCCCAGCAGACCAGGGUAUUGCUGGCCACGUGGCCACCACUGGCAAGAUCCUGAACAUCAAGGAUGCCUACUCACACCCUCUCUUCUACCGUGGGGUGGACGACAGCACCGGCUUCCGCACCCGCAACAUCCUCUGCUUCCCCAUCAAGAAUGAGAGCCAGGAGGUCAUUGGUGUGGCAGAGCUGGUCAACAAGAUCAAUGGCCCUUGGUUCAGCAAGUUCGACGAGGACCUGGCCACUGCCUUCUCCAUCUACUGCGGGAUCAGCAUCGCCCAUUCCCUGCUGUACAAGAAGGUGAAUGAGGCGCAGUACCGAAGCCACCUGGCCAAUGAGAUGAUGAUGUACCACAUGAAGGUGUCUGAUGAUGAAUACACCAAACUGCUGAGCGAGGGCAUCCAGCCUGUGUCCACCAUUGACCCCAACUUUGCCAGCUUCACCUACACGCCACGCUCGCUGCCUGAGGACGAUACCUCCAUGGCCAUCCUGAGCAUGCUGCAGGACAUGAAUUUCAUCAAUACCUACAAGAUGGACCGUCAGACACUCACCAGGUUCUGCCUGAUGGUGAAGAAGGGGUACCGUGACCCUCCCUACCAUAACUGGAUGCACGCAUUCUCCGUCUCCCACUUCUGCUACCUGCUCUACAAGAACCUGGAGCUCGUUAACUACCUGGAAGACAUCGAGAUCUUUGCCCUCUUCAUCUCCUGCAUGUGCCAUGACCUGGACCACAGAGGCACAAAUAACUCCUUCCAGGUGGCCUCGAAAUCUGUCCUGGCUGCGCUCUACAGUUCAGAGGGCUCUGUCAUGGAGAGGCAUCACUUUGCCCAAGCCAUUGCUAUCCUCAAUAGCCAAGGCUGCAACAUCUUUGACCACUUCUCCCGAAAGGACUACCAGCGCAUGCUGGACUUGAUGCGGGACAUCAUCCUGGCCACUGACCUGGCCCAUCACCUCCGCAUCUUCAAGGACCUCCAGAAAAUGGCAGAAGUGGGAUAUGACCCCAAGAACAAGCAGCACCGCAGCCUGCUGCUCUGCCUGCUCAUGACCUCCUGUGACCUCUCUGACCAGACCAAGGGCUGGAAGACCACCAGGAAGAUUGCAGAGCUGAUCUACAAGGAGUUCUUCUCCCAGGGUGACCUGGAGAAGGCCAUGGGGAACAGCCCUCUGGAGAUGAUGGACCGGGAGAAAGCCUACAUCCCUGAGCUGCAGAUCAGCUUCAUGGAGCACAUUGCCAUGCCCAUCUACAAAUUGCUGCAGGAUCUCUUCCCCAAGGCAGCGGAGCUCUACGAGCGGGUGGCCAGCAACCGGGAGCAGUGGACCAAGGUCUCCCACAAGUUCACCAUCCGGGGGCUGCCCAGUAACAACUCUCUGGACUUCCUGGAUGAGGAAUACGACCCCCAGGCCCCUGACCCCCAGCUCAAUGGCUGCCUGGAACCUGAGGCGGGGCAGCCCCCCGAGGCUGGGGCCGAGUGAGGGAGGCGACGGGGGGGCCACAGCCAUGGCUGGGCCAGGAGCAUCCCCAAGCCUCAUCCCCCAGCCUGUGGGGAGGAGGUUUGGGGGGUAUCAGUGACUCUGGACUACCACGGCAAGGGCUGUGUGCUGCCAGCACCCACCAGCGGUCCUUCCCCACCACUGGGUGACUGUCUCCUCCCUCCGGGGCAGGUUCAGGUGUCCUGUCCACCCAGUGGUCCCUGGGACACUGCCUUGGUGGCUGGGAGCACCAAGGGACACAGUGGGGCUGGGGGAUGGAUGUGCUUUAAGCUGCCUUAAGACUGCAGGUCCUGUCCCCAUGGGAUGACAGUAGCAAUGAUAUCCUUGGUGGAAGCACCCACAGAGGGGUUGGUCACCAUGACAUGGGUGUGCACGGGUUAGCAGGACAGAGGGGGAUGGUGUGGGGAUGGCAGGGGGCAGUGGGAGAGCUGUGGGGCGGCUGUAGAGCAUAUGGGGGGUGUUGCCAUGGACCAUGGAAGAAGCUCCAGCUGGAGGAGGGAAGAGACACCAGAGUGGGAUGGCCACGACCAUGGGGAUGUGCUUGCAUCCCCUGCAGGGUUCCACACCAGAGAACCAGCUCCAGCCUCUUCCUAACAGCCCCCCUUGAUGCUGAUGCUGAGCAUCUGUUGGCUGAAAGCCCCACCUCUCUAGGACCCCUGAACCCACUCACCCCUGGAAGGGCUCACAUCUCUCACACAGCCCUGCAACCACACAGCCACGUCCCCUACAAGGGCUACACACCUGCCAAGGCUGGGGGUCCUACUGCUGGUUUGCAUGCAGAGGGGAGGCUGUGCUCCACAGGGGGUCCAUCUGGUCCCAUCCAUGUCCUUGCCGUGUCCCCACUGCGUAGGUGUUCCUCUGAGGUGUCCACCCAGGAGCCUCCUCACUGCAGCAGCUUCUCUGGUGACCGUGCUGUGAGCAUCCCUAGCUCACGGUGGCUUCACAACUCCUGCCAUGCCAACCUCUGUGCACGGAUCCUGCUGACAUUUCGGGAUCCCUCUGGUCUUGCAGACCACUGGGCAUGAACCUCAAUGGUCUCCUGUGGUCCUUCUAGUCCUGCAGACCACCAUGCAUGGACCCUGCCAUUUCCUGUGGUCCCUGCAGUCCAACUUGGCACCAUGUAUGGAUUCUGUUGGUCUACCAUGGUUGAUCUGGUCAUGCAUGGACCCUA